CAUGCUUUCGAUUGAGCACUGUAGUUGGCUUGCAUUUGGAAUCGAACCCUGAAACUACCCCCGAGUGUGAGAAAUUGCCACAGGUUGCACUUCCGCUGGUAUCCAAUCGUUGCCAUUGAUUUUCUGCGUGUGCUUUAAAUUUGUUGUUCAUUAUUUUCUUGUUAGCCAGUGCAGUGAAAACAACUUUUACAAACGAAAAAACAGAAAUAGCUGCCAUUUCACCCGUAAAUUGAAAACGAACAAAAUACGAAAGCGAACGCUCCCAGGCAUAAACACACUACCAGCACCCUCCAUGGGAAGUCUUGAAUUUGUAUAUCGCGUCGGCUGAUAACCUGCUCCGUAAGCGACUUUUUGGCGGCCCAAGUCGAAGCAGUGCGGGCCCGCUUUCAGUGGCAAAACAAUGGUCGUAACUGGCGCGUAAUUAGCACACAAAAAAGUCGGUGAAGCCAAUUUGUUUGCUUAAAGUGUUUCAUGUGCGUGAGAGGAGUGUAUCCCCGAGAUACUGAGUGCGGAAAUGGCCUAGGGCCGCUCUAAAUUCACAAACAAACUGCACACACCAUUCGUCGGCGACAGCAGCAACAUGGCAGGCGAAGCGCCAGCAGCAACAUCGCCAGCGGGCUGCAGCAUCGCCAACACCAGCAACAUCAGCAACAGCAACAGCAAGGAGAGUAGUCCCGAUCCCGUCCAGCAGCAGUUGAACUCCAGUGUGGACAGUGGCAUCGCGGUGCUGGAGGCGGAAACCCCGACACUAAGGAGACGCCAGCGACUGCACCAGUGCCAGCGCAUCCUCCAGGUGUUGCAGCGGGACCAUCUCACCCACCAGCAGCUGCGCGAUAGAUUAAGCAAACUAGCCAAUAAGAAGUGGAAGAAGGAGGAGACCAGCGAGGAUAACCACUGCAACGUCUGCUGUGCGGACUUGGAUCUGAGCAGUGACAAAAACUACGUGACAUGUUGCACCUGCGGAAAAGCCGUUUGCCGCGGGCCAAAGUGCGCCGACUGGCGACCCAAGGACGCCAAGUGGGAGUGCCAGCUGUGCCAGAGCUCCAAGGAGUCGCUGGCCCACACCUCGUCGUGGGUGGCCGAGCAAAUGUCCUUCAACCAGCACAAGUUCGUCUACCCAAUGAGGGCGAGGAGCGAGGUCUACAUACCCAUUGUGGGCGACGGCAACGACAGCAGCAUGCAGUUCGAGAGCGUUAGCCAGAUCGGUCAGACUGCCGGUCUGGACGAGCGGGCCAAGAUCCGCGAGUACGUGGAGGAGAUCGUGGCCGAAAUGCUGGGCGGGAAUUUGGACCACAUCAAAGUGGGGCAGCUGUCCAAAAGCGAGAAUUACUUGCAACUCUUUGAUAAAUUCCAUCCGAAGCUGAGUAACCUGCUUAUCAAUGUGGAGAACGGUUUGUGCGCGCGAGCGCUCAAGGGAGAUCUGCCAGCCAUCGUAAAUGGCCACAACAGCGGCCAAGGCAAUGGCCUGAACAAUAACAACAGCAAUAAUAAUAAUAACAACAAUGCCGACUCCGAGCUGGCCGACAUCUCGCAGACCCGACUACGCAGUCUCAUCGAGACUAUCAUAGCGGAGACCCUGCGGAGCUCGUCCCUAAGCGCCAGCGGAGCCGUCUCGGAGAUCAGUCUGGACACCCGAUCCCACGCCUCCGAGCUGGCCAACGGGAAUGGCUUGAAGCGGCGCCAUCGCACCGAGCACUACUUCGAGCCGAAGAUCUACCAGGAUCUUCUGGCCACGGCGGUGCUGAAUAAGAUUGCGGAUAAGGAAGGGAAUACAAGGCUAUUGGCCGAGAGUACGCCGGACUUGAGUGGUCGCCACAUUGACGAGAAUUUCAAUGCCGAAGCGCUGAGCACCACGUCCGGAAGCUCGAUAGAACCACGCAGUGACUGCAGCCUCACUGAUCAUGAAAUCGGACUGGAUAAUGGAAAAUCCAAGUCCCUGCAAACGGAUUUGGAAAGGGAGUCCGUCCUUAGUGAUUAUAUAGCCGCACACAUGGUGCCACUGCCAGACUUUUCAGCAUCCGUCACCGAAUCCGAGGAUGAUAUAGGAUCCAUCUCCUCGGGUGUUAUCGGUGAGGGAAACUGGGAAGACAACUGGCUGUUCAAGAAGAAACGCAGCUCGGCCACCCCGAGCAGCAUUGGCAUGCUAGUGCCCGCACCCAGGGAGAAUGUCCGGGCCCAGAUUGGCGACAAGACCACUGACGAGGUCAGCGAUCUGUCGGAAAUGGGCUCGGAUAUCGAGGAGAGCUCUCUGGAUCUGUUGCGAUGCAACGACCUGAACGAUCGUCUGCUGAGCAAACACCUAAUUGGAGGUCAGAACACUAAACUGGUCCUCGACGAGCUCGUAGACCGCACCAGUCUGACGUCCCACACAUUGCUGGAGGAGCACGAGCCAGCGUUUACGGAGACAACCAAUGAGUUUGUGGUGUCUCCCAUGGCCGUGCCAUCUGAUAUUAAAGCUCCCUCCCGGACACCACCACCACCACCACCAAUGAUAUUCCAAGACGACUUGUUGAAUGAGGAGCCAGACCACACUCCCAUUGCAGAUCAGUUAAGUUCAGAGUCAAUUCAAAGCGAUGAGAGUGAACCCUCCACUGCCUGUGAGACGUUCACUGGAGAAGGUGACUCUGAACAGGAGUUUGUGAGCGAGAGGGCCGUAGUCCUUGACCAGCAGCGAACACUGAAUACUAACCCCAACUCUAACAGCAAUCUGCACUCCCACCUGCAUCUUCCUCUAACCCAAACUAACAACCCGACUUCGGGCACUAGACGCACUAACGGAAAACUAACAAAUGGUUCCCUUCGAUGGUCUGGUAGCUAUACCACCGAUCUGCCAAACGGUGGCCCAGUGGCUGCCCAACAAGACGAUGUUGCCGAUGACGAUGUUGUUCUGUUGCGGCGAUUUGUGCCAGGUUCCAUUGCGGAGCGCGAGGUGAAGAAGUGGUACAAUGCCGUUGAAAUGCCAAAUAAUCCAUACGCCCCGGAGGCACUGAAGCAGCGCAUCAGCGGCACCCAGGAGCGGUACAUGGAUGUGCCAAACAUCAGUCCGAGUGCGGAGCAAAAGGCUCUGGCAUCGGCGCUGACGGAAAAUCCGGAGCCGUCAACGCCACAAACGGACUACAAGCGGUACAGCCGCGACUACUACAUCAACAAUGCUCCCACCCCCACAGACAGCACGGGAAGUGGAAGGGCCCCAUCCUCCAUCUCCGAGCCGCAGCGUGCUGCUGAGGAUGUGGAGGACAUCGUGAUCAACGAGGCUCAAAAAGCAAGCGAACCUGCCCCAGAGCAGGAACCGCCACAGGAUUCGGUGUACAAAGCCUUGCCAGUUCAGGUCCUGGAUGACUCCCUGGAUUCCCAAUCGAAUCCCUCGCUGCACUCCCUGCAAACCACGACUACCACCACCAGCGACGAGUCCGACACGGUGCGGAUCUACGACUUUAACAAGCAGGAAACGACGGUUAUCAAGGCUGCUCGGGAGGAGCAGCUGCCCAGCACCUCCACCACGUCGUCCAUGGAGUCCGCCCAGAGUGCUUCCUUUGACUCGUCGACCUCCAAGAAGCGGGAGCGACCUGUGGUCCUCCAGUUCGGUCCAGGCGAUUCGGGGCCCACGAUUGGCUCACCUGUCGGUACACCCACGCGGGAAUCCACUCCGCCUGCCUUUAGAUUCCUGCAGCCGAAACGCCGCCUGAUCGAUCCCAGUCAAGUGCUGUCUGUCGAUGAAGACGAUGUGCCUGAACCUUCCACUCCCGCGGCGGAGAAGCCCGCCAUCGAAGAUGAAGUGGUCCACUCCAUGCCGUCUGUCAAGGCUCUGGCUCAGGCCUUUCUUCUGACCAGCAAGCACACACAACCGCAGCGAAGAUGGCGGGCAACGGUAAGAAUAGCUGCCCCGCCAGAUACGCCCGAUAAGCCGAGUUCGUCACUGGCAAAGCGUAACAAGCUGGAACAUGCGGUCUCCAUGGCGGAAGUUGCGGAUGAAUCGACGAUCGCCUCCGACCUAUCAUCCCUCGAAACCGAUCCAUCGAUACAUUCGGAAGGCAAUCCACCCAUAGCCUCGCCGGCGAGUCCUGUGCCCGUGCGGCAUGGCUUCCUCCGGAGCAAUAUUGCUUUCUUUGAGAAUUUAAAGUUCAAGUGAAUAUGCGCCUGCGGUUUGGUAAGUGUGCGGCCAUUGGACGAUUUUUCCGAAAGGGGAAAAUGCUCUGUAAUAGCGAGGCACACAGCCCAUUAUCCAAACCAAAUCUUCGCCAAAAACUAUGUGCCAUGGCCUCCAUCCCCAGCCCGAAAAUUCAUAGUUACUUCAAUUGGCACUCAACGUGCGCCAUUGUUAAUUGUAGUCCGUAUUUACUAUUACAAAAUUCUUAUAUCCAUGGAUACUAUUUAUUUAGCUCUAAGAUAUGUAUUAUGUACUUUUUAGGCGUAAGCGAAACUGUUUCCAAUUUCAGCUGAACAAUGUUACACUUCACCCGUACUAGUUUAAAUGUUACAUUAUUGUACUUAAUAAAAGAUACAGAGAA